AUGACGGAUUCUCCUCCCGCAUAUCUCUUCGUCGUGAGACACGGGAACCGACUCGACGCUGCGGACAAGAAAUGGCACCUCACCUCCCCGACCCCCUACGACCCUCCUCUCACGUACGGUGGCUUUCUGCAAGCGAGGCAAGUUGGCAACCAGAUUGGCAACUACCUCGAGCAGGCCAAGAUCGACAGCCAGCAAGGAUCUCGCAACGGCCACCAUGGCACCCACCCCACCAAGCGCCGGCGCUUCAAGAUUGUCAUCCACAGCUCCCCCUUCCUCCGCUGCGUCCAGACGUCGAUCGGCAUCAGCUCCGGCCUGGCCCAGACCUCACCCGAUUCCAUCUACAACCCCUCCGACAUCAUCCUCCCCAGGUCGGCGCCCGGCACCCGACCGUUCGAGUUCAAGUCGUCCCUGCUUCGAAUCGACUCCUUCCUCGGCGAAUGGCUUUCGCCCGAGUACUUUGAGACGAUCACGCCGCCACCCGGCCCCGCCCUCAUGGUCGGAGGCGCAAAGGCGGAGCUGCUGAGAAGGGAGGACUAUGGCGCCUACGCCGACUUUGUCCCGCGCCCGGAGGAAUCCGAGAGGAAGGUGUCUUCCUCGAGCUCCCUGUGGCAGGCGUCGCCGACCACGAGCCCUGGAAGCGGAAUGCCUUCGCCCGGGGCCGAGAACGGCGGCGUCUGCAACCUGUCGCAGCUCUUGACUGCCCUGCCCUCUCCGGAGAGGAAGGGGUACGUCGCGCCGAAGCCGACGUAUGCCGUGUCGGGCAGCGGCAGGAUCCCCGACGGCUUUGUCUCGCACGCGAGGGACGCCUGCGUCACGGUAGACUAUCAGUGGGACUCGACGAGGGAGCCGCUCGACUUUGGCGACGGAGGCAAAUUUGGCGAGGAGUGGACCGCAAUGCACAAGAGAUUCCGGGGCGGCCUGAGGAAGCUGCUGAACUGGUACGCGACGACGGACUCGGCCGCCAACUUGGUCACCAAGACGGCGACGGCGACGGCGACGGCGAGCACGGCCGACGUGGAGCGCGAGGACGACCAAGGUGACCAAGGCGACGACGUCGAGACAGUCGUCGUCAUCGUCUCGCACGGCGCCGGCUGCAACGCCCUCAUUGGCGCCAUCACGCACCAGCCGGUGCUCAUGGACGUCGGCAUAGCCUCCAUCACCAUGGCUACCCGCAAGCCGAACCUCGACUACGGCCAGCUGCGGAAGCUGGCCGAGGCGGCCCAUCCCCCCGACGCGGUCGCAGCCGCCAAGCCGCUCGUCCAGGUCGACAAGCUGUACGACAUGCGAUUGUCGGCCAGCACCGAACACCUGCGGCCAAACUCCAACUCGACGCCCGUCUUGGCCGGAGCGCCGUCGGCGGGCAUGGUCUGGAACGCGCCGAGUCACGGGGCGCGUGGCCGAACGCCGACCUUUGACACCAACUCUGGCGGACCGGUCAUGAGUCCCUUCACCUACUCCGAUCCGAACCCGGUUUCUUCUCCCGGCAGCCGCAGCGCAUCCGCCAACGCGGCGGUCGGGAAACCGUUCCGGCGGGACUCAGCAUCGUUCCGGCCCCUGCAGCGCGCCCCGACCGUUGCCACUUCGUCGGGCUUGUGGACCCCCGCCCCGUCCUCGCUGCGAUUGAUGGACGAGGGCGGCGAAGACGGCGACGACUUUGCUUCCAUGAUGCCCAACUUUGACCAGAAGCGAUUCCAGCGCGCCGUCGCCGACGAGGUGGAUGAGCCUUUGCCGACCUUUGUCCCGUCGGCAGCGCGAGCCGUCGGCGGCACGUCGACUGCCUGGGCAGCCAGCCACUCCGUCGCCAAGAACCCUCCCAGGGGCCCCGUCCUCGCCGCGCCCAUCAAGCUGGUGACGAACCUGGGACCCGACAAGCCGAUUGAGGAGCUCAAGAUGUCCAAGCUCGGCGGCGGCCUCGGCGGCCUCUGGGGCCUUCCGCCGCCUCCGGACGAGGCGGAGCGGUUUCGAGAUCUCAGCCACAGCAAGCGACGGUGGACCCUCAACGAGCGUGCUUGA